CAUUGUAUGCGCCAUGUCGAGGCUUCUUCACUGAGGCGUGAUGUUCCAAACUCAAGACAUGGCGCCAGUUUUGAAAGUCUUUGUUUGAGUUCGCACAAAUCAACAAGCCACGGCACAAAUUCAGGGAGUUAAACAGUCAUAAAGAAGACCACAAAGGUGACUCAUAACUACCAACGAACAUUGGUAAGAGUAUUCAAGUGUGGACAAUUAAUUCAGUCUCCUUAAAUUAGCAAUCAACUCACUUUACGGACACGUUUGUCGUAAGAGACGGAAUUUUAAAGCUCCUCUGGUCGUCAUACAACAUUUCAGGAUGUAACCGGUGUUUUGAGGUGACGGGAUUUCCAAGCGGGUCGACAAAGCUCCUACGAUGGCCUGAGUCUCUUUUCCGCGAAAGAAUUCGAUCGCUAGAAGGGAAGUGCAAAAAGAUAACAAGUGAAGGGAAAGCAACGGUUCCCGAAGUUGAAUGAAAAAGUUGAGAGAUCACUGAUUAAAAGUAGACUUUAGCUCAAUGGAAAUUCUUGUAAUAAUAAUUCUCGGUAUCACUGGUGGUGUUAUGAUCGCCACGGUAGCAGUCUCGGGUAUUUACUACUCAUACCGAACUAAAAAGGCGGGAAAAGACAAAGAGAAGACUGCUGCUAAGGUCACUACUAGUGCCCCAUUGCGCCGAUCCGUCCGCGCGGAGUCUGAGUCCUUUGUUGUGAUUCAGGAUGAGUCUGUGGUGGAUUUUGACAGCAUUCCUGUGCAACCUGAAACAAGACGACCAAUCAGGUCUCCCGACGAUGUAUAUCCGCCGCUAAGAGAGGAGGAGCAAGAUGACUACCUACUGAAUAGCCUGGACAUGGAUCUUAGUUCCACUUCGGUUAUACCACCGGAGGAAACAAUAGAAAGGAAAGGAUGUUUGGAAUUUACAUUACAUUAUUAUCAGCUAAGCUCCACCCUGACAUUGACUUUAAUUCGUCUUGGCGACCUUCCCCUGCGUCCAUCCACGGGAAAACCACCGGAUCCUGUCGUCGAGUUCGAAGUCAAGUACGGUCACGAAGGUAAAAUCAAGUCUGAGGUGUACCACACCACGUGCGAUCCACACAUAUACGAAAGCUUCCGGUUCGAAAUUCCCGUCAACGACCUUGGAAACCAGACGCUGACGUUUAAAGUGAUUGAUAUGAUGAUAACCAAUAUACCUCCACCUCCACCCCCACCACCACCCCCAGAGGACGAUAAGAAGAAGAAGAAGAAGAAAGAACCACCGCCACCCCCUCCUCCGCCUCCACCACCCCCUCCCCCAACACUGAUAGGAUUUGUCACGGUACCUCUGGUGAGCGUUGCGAUGAAAAAAUUAUUGUCCGAUACUGAGAUUACGAUCCUCCGUGAUGUCAUUAAACUCAAACCCAGGCGUCCGCCGCCAGAAAAGGUCGAUACUGAGGGUGAGACGCUGGUAUCGACCACGGGAACGGGAACGGGGACAGAUGAUUUUGAGGAUGCACAGGAUACUGUAGACGCGGAAAGCAAAGAGACAAAAGAAGAAGAACAAGAACAACAAGAGGAACAAGAGGAAGUAGAGGGAGGAGGAGGAGAAGAAGAGGAAAAGGAGGCCGAAGACGAAGAGCCUGACACUUCUCAGGCAGAGGAACAGGUAGUAGAAACAGUCCCCCCACAUCGCCCCUCGGUCACAUUUUCCCGUGAUGUGGAAUCAGACAUGCCGGGGCCUGCGUUGCUAGUGUCCCUAGCAUAUCUCAAAACAUCUGAGAAACUUACAGUAAUCGUGAUGAAAGCGAGGGAUUUAAGGCCAAUCAGCAAAAAUAAGAAACCUGAUCCAUUGGUUAAAGUGUACAUAAAGAUGGGUGAUAAAAAGCUAAAGAAGCGUAACACGUUAGUGAAAAAACAUGACGUCCCUCCCGUGUGGAACGAAGCAUUUAGUUUUGCCAUUCCGCACCGAAUCCUCCACAAAGUGGCCGUUCUUCUUCAAGUGAAGCACUUCUCUGAACGAGGAAAGAAGCGAUUGCUAGGCAAGAUAACGAUUGGAGCGACGGCGAACGACGAAGCUGUAGAUCAUUGGAAUGCCAUGCUGACUUCAUCUUCGUCUGUUGCCAAAUGGCAUUCAUUGGAUGAAGAGAAGAGUGGACGGAGGAGCAAGACGCUAAUGAAGCAAAAGUCGUCUUGAAGGUUUUAAGAUUUCCUCUGUGUCAUGAACGGCGAGGAUCUGAGGAAAGGAAAGUGUCAUGUGAUUGCUACUCAAGAAGUUAUGACUGAUUAAUUUCAUGCUUUAUUUACGCAAGUUUUCAUCGCUAAACCUUCAUAAUGGUCACCAUCACUAGCAAGGGAACAUUAGAUCUAAUGUUUUCUUGUUAGUGAUUUAUCAAUAUUAAUAAUAUUAUCUUAUGUCAGGUUGUCCUCGUCUGUGUUUAAGUGUUUUGCUGGAUCGCGUAAAAUCCUAGGUCCUCACCUCUCGUUCUCAGGCUUCGCGGUUCAACUAAGGCUGGGCAUACGAGUUCAUCAGUGAGAGUACUGGGCUUACUCCAGGAUCUCCGCUGUUACUAGCUCAGGGGCAGAACCAGGAGUGCUGAUGAGGGUCGAAACUUUGAUUCAGAAACGUUUCUUUAACAAAUUCUUAAAAUUAAAUCAAUUGAAUGCUUCAAAUAAUGUCGUAAUAUUCUAUCCUGUUGUAGCACGAAUUUCGGUCGAGACAAGUAGUAUUUAGAAACCUGGGGUUUAAUAGAGGGGGGACCGGUCUCCCUUCAUCCCCCUACCCUUCCCAUCCACCACUGCAAAUGUAAAACGCAGCUGACAUGUAGUAUUUAGAAACCCGGGGUUAAAUAGAGGGGAGACCGGUCCCCCUUCAUCCUCCUACACUCCCCAUCCACCACUGCAAAUGUAAAACGCAGCUUUGAAAAAAAUGUCGUGGGUGACUGGGGUAUAUCAGGGUAUUAGUAAUUAAUGUAAUAAGUGAGCAAAGAGAAGCCAACAAAAUACAAAGCCACGAAGGGAAAUUUAUUGCUUAGUUUCCUUUACAAUAUGGUAAAAAGUUUACGUUGGUAGAUCGCUUCUUCUUUGGAAGGCCUCCACUUUUCAGUGAGGUGUCAGAAACUAGAAAACCGCAAAAAAUACAAAAUAUCAGCAAAUCAUGACAAAUUGUGUAACAAACUUUCCAAAAGAAUUUGUUUGUAUUAACAAGCACUGGAAUACCUUUGAAGGUUAAAAAAUAUUAUUCUUAUUAUCUUAUUUAAUUGUCGUUAAUACGCAAACUUCAGGAUGGAAGGGAAGGAUUUUAAGGGAUUUUUGGUAUUUAAAAUUCCAAAAUGUCAAACUGGAGUGAAAGAUAAGGGCUUUUAAUGAGUGUUUUUGAGAACGAAUUUUAUAGUCACAUUUUUAAUAUAUCCUUUAUACCUUUUUUUUAACUGCAAACUAAACGUAGGUUUCCUUUUGUUUUAUAAAAUCACAUUUCCUUACAGGGAAACGGCCUGUUCCAUACAGGGAAACAGUGCUCUUUUCCCUUCAUGUAGCAGCGGCCGAGAUCCACGAAUGAAGAGGAAAGAGUCCUGGGUACGAGCUUGCGGCUUAUUAUAAACUGAUCAAUAAAAAGUAAUUAAUAAAAAAUGGUUAGUUUUUUCCUGGAUAUGUAUACAAGGUUAUUGUAAAGAAGUCGGUUAUAUAUUUGGCAAACGUUUACUUUCUGAGGGACUGACUGAUGCAGAAGCCUUUACUUAACAGGCUCCUGACUGAUGACAUAAUGGGUUUGA